AAGAAGUCAAAUUUAUAACUACCAAUGAAAUAAUUUAUUGCCAUUGAAUAUAAAUAGUUAAUACAUACAUUGACUCAAGAUUUUCAUAUCCCUGCCCAUUUUUUCGUUCAUGUAUAUAACUAUGUUAAAGCAAUCAAAACUGCAAUUCCUGAUUUCAAAAUUGGGUUGUAUGUGAAAGCAACAGGCAUGAUGUUUUAUGAUAAUAAUAGAACAUCUUCGGAUUGGUUUGAUUUUACAACAUUAAACGAAGUAAUGGAUUACUAUGUGAUUGGAUUCGAUAAUUUUAAUUUGUGUACAGAUGAAUUUUUAAAUGGUGGAAUUGUACCUUUAGAUCCACCAAAUCCUACUGUAUUAAUAUAUACCUUGUAUAAAUUUAAAAUUGCUUUAAAUGGAUCCGCCAUUGCAAAGGACAAAGUUUAUUUCGAAUUUUCAGUAAAUCCUACAUUGAAGGCAGAGGCAGAAGAAGAAUUUAUCCCAUGUGAAAUAUCAUAUAAUGAGUAUUGUGAAAAUCCAAACUAUAAAGAGUUCAUGUGUGUCGAUAAUCAGGACACAUUCUUCGAAAAAGGAAAAUUUACAAAAGAAAAUUCAAAGGGAUUCAUAGCAAAGUAUAUAGAUUUAAUUGAUCGCGAUCUAAAAUGUGAAUGUAAUGAUGAUAAGUAUGUAACAUUUACUAUGAUUUUAAAUGGCUAUAAUAAUUUAGAAAAGGUAACUUGUGCUAAAUUAAGUGGUAGCUGA